AUUUUUUUCUUUCGAUUGUGCUGCAAUAAUUUUUAAGAAAUAGACCAAUUAGGAAACUUUAUCGCGACAUUAAGUAUGAAUCCAAAUCGCGUAUUGUCAAUAUUUAGACAAUUUAACAAUUCAUUAACUCUACUACAUAGAAAGCAAUCCAACACAAUAAAUACAAUUCGAAGAUAUACAAAUGAGUAUGCUAACUUGCCCAAACGAAAAGUUCCAGGAAAAGGAAAAGGGCCUUUCACUUGGAAAUCAGCCGCAUUCACAGCUGCACUGGGAGGAACUCUAUUAGGUGGAUUCUUGUACGUAAAGAGAGAAAAGCAACUAAUGCUUGAAAAAAAGAGGACAAAAUCUCUAGGAAAGGCUGCUCUUGGCGGUCCUUUUAAUCUAAUUGAUCAUAAUGGAGAACCAAAAAAAAAUACUGAUUUUUACGGUCAAUGGAUAUUGUUAUAUUUUGGUUUUACUCAUUGUCCUGACGUUUGUCCCGAUGAACUUGAAAAAAUGGUCAAAGUCGUUGAUGAUAUAGAUAAAGAAAAAGGAUAUCCAAAUGUUAAGCCUUUGUUUAUUACCGUCGAUCCUGAAAGAGAUACUAAGGAAGCUAUUAAGAGCUACCUAUUAGAAUUUUCGCCUAAAAUUCUCGGUCUAACUGGAACUCAGGAGCAGAUCGCUGAAGCUUCGAGAGCUUACAGAGUCUAUUUCAGUGUUGGUCCCAAGGAUGAAGAUAACGAUUAUAUCGUUGACCACACAAUAAUCAUGUACUUAGUUAAUCCGGAAGGAGAGUUUGUUGACUAUUACGGCCAGAAUAAGACUGCUGAUGAAGUAAAGAGUUCAAUAGCACUUCAUAUGAUUAAGUAUCAAAACUACACAAAAUAAGACAUUUUUCGUUUUUUUUCUUCUAACUUUGGAUAUUCUAAUUGAGAAUAGUUGAAUUUUAAUACAAAUUUCAACAUGUUAUAAUAUUGUCUCAAAA